CCCGUCACUGUGCACGCCGCUGUUCCUGCGGAAUUCAGGGGGCUGUUGUCAGACUCCGGAGACAGACACCCAUCUAGAAAAUAAUGAACAACAAAUUUGACGCUCUGAAAGAUGACGAUAGCGGGGACCACGAUCAGAAUGACGACAGCGGCUCACCGAAAGAGUGUGAAAAGGAAAAAAACGAGGAGGAGGAGAGGGAACAGAACACUGCCAAGAAGAAGACAGUGGUGCCUGGAGCAGGGGAGCACCCCCUGCAGUACAAUUACACCUUCUGGUACUCUCGUCGCACCCCGGGCCGACCCGCCAGCUCCCAGAGCUACGAGCAGAACAUCAAACAGAUCGGGAGCUUCGCCUCUGUGGAGCAGUUCUGGCGCUUCUACAGUCACAUGACCCGGCCUGGUGACCUCACUGGCCACAGUGACUUCCACCUCUUCAAAGAAGGCAUUAAGCCCAUGUGGGAAGACGACGCCAACAAGAGCGGGGGGAAGUGGAUUAUCCGCCUGCGGAAGGGCCUGGCGUCGCGUUGCUGGGAGAACCUGAUCCUGGCCAUGCUGGGCGAGCAGUUCAUGGUGGGGGAGGAGAUCUGCGGUGCCGUGGUCUCUGUGCGUUUCCAGGAGGACAUCAUCUCCAUCUGGAACAAAACAGCCAGUGACCAGGCCACCACUGCCCGCAUCAGAGACACUCUGAGGAGAGUCCUCAACCUGCCACCCAACACCAUCAUGGAGUACAAGACUCAUACCGAUAGCAUCAAGGCCUGGGAGGAUUUCCACGGUCUGGUGAAUGCCAGUGGGGGGCGCUAACUUCAGAUCCUGUAAGGAUUUGUACUUGUGGUCUUGUGGACGAAGAGGAGUGUCCAGAGGAGAAUGUCUACAUAUUGAUCAUCACUGUUUCAGAGAGAGAGAGAGAGAGAGAGAGAGGAAGAGAGAGAGAGAACGAGCAGGGAGACCAUUUUUUUGUGAUGACUUGUGGAAUCCCCUUUAACAUAACCCAUAAUUUUUGAGAGCCGCCUCCAGGGAUCAGCUAAAUGAAAAGAGGAACCACGGCAGCAGUGGCACAACAAACAAACAAGCGAACAAAAACUAUCCCUUGGUGGGUCUCUCGGCCCGUUAAUACAAGAUGGCCGACAAGAAGGCUGCCAGUAUGGCGUCGCCAAGGACGGACGACCACGGUCUCUCUCUCGCUUUCUCCGCCGCAAAAGGGAGUCUGCGUAGUGAAAUUCUCAGCUGCUGUGAUAUGGGCAAUGACUGUUCUAGAGCCUUCAAGAAAAACACGAAACCAAAACCCAAACCUUUAAAUGUGUAACGUGCGUCAUCGCAUUACAUGUUGAGAGCUCCCUACAUUAGUAUUGUAAUGGUACACUGCAGGAAAAGGGUCCCCCUAACAGCAUAGAUCUAUUCUUUUAAAACAUGAAGGGAGAGGCCUGCAAGUGGAGACUGUUUUUGCUGUAGUGCAGUAUUUUUAAUUGCAGUAUUAGUGUCAUUUGACUUAGAAUUAUUUUACAAGGAAAAAAAAGAGGAAAUAUUUCUAAGUGGACUUACUGAGGGAUCACUGGAGGAUUCUGUCUUGAGUCUUACCUUUUGACCUGAGAGUUGGAAACACCCCCCAAAGGACGACUGCCACCCUAAAGGUGGGGCUUGCCGUCAUCAGAGCGUCUCAUUCGAAUGGACUGCCAAGCUGCCUAUAUCACUGUGCCUGGACUUCAGCCUGUCUCCUCCAAAUUUUAAAGCUGAAGGUUUUUAUUAGUUUUAGUAUUUCAAUUGAUACAAUAUUUUAGGGUUCCAACGUGAAAAAAACCAACCGUGGCGCCGUCUCUGAGAUGCAGAGGGGCGGGGCUGCUGUGCUGUUAACGCUCCAGUUAGAUAGUGCCCCCUAAAGCACUGAUCCAGGAUCAGAUAACUCAGCCCUAAUAUCAACCUCUACCAUCAAGUGAAACCAAUCCAGGGUCAGUGAUAGGAACACUAUCUGUUAAUUACCUGUAACUACUGCCUGGGAGUCAGUAGGUGGUGCCGUUGCGCAGGAAGCUCUGUCAUUCAAGAAGAGAAAUGUGUUGCCUGAUUUCACCUGAUUGAUUAUAGCAAUAAAUGUCAAUUAUGCAUCUGCUGCUAUUGAAGUUCUGUAGUGUCAUACUCUGUGAUGUUACCAAUGUUGUCUUUUUUUGAAAUUCCAUCCUUCCUCCCUUAAGGAGUCCUGAGUUGACAGCAAGUGAUCUCAAUGGCAUAACUAGUAACUGCUUUUUUGUAGCAGUGUUAUAUAAGGCCCAUACCAAGUGCUGGAGAAUGCUUUUAUUUUUUUAAUGCUUUCAGACCAUUGUGCUUAAAAUACCUUUGUCAAU